AUGUCUUUCUUCGGCUUCGAUACCACCCUCCCGAGGGAUCGUCCUCCUCCGGGCGAGCAGAGGGGUAUUUUCGAUACCCCUGACCCGUUUGCCGAAGUCGCUCGCGCAAGAGCUCAAGGGCUUCAGGACGAAGACGAUGAUGCCAUCGAUUUUGAGGAUACGUACGACGGUCUAGGUGAUCGCCUCGACGACGAUCAGGAUGCCUUCAACGACGAUACCUUUGGCGGGGGCCCCGAACCCGGCGCCGUUGGCAAGGACUUCGACUUCUUUGGGAAGACUGCUUUGGUCGCGGAUGUCAUCGGCGAGGAACAGGUCCGCUACAACCUUCAAAUGCCUCCCCCGGCCCCAGUAUCAGGGCAGCCUGCCGAUAUUCCUCCGACGAGCGAUGCAGUUCAGCAGCCGAAACGUACGGGAUAUGAGAAAUACAACGACCCCGGCUACAUUCCUGACCUGCAGGCCAAAUCCAGUGUCUGGGGCGUGCAGAAGAAGCCGGAACCUGCGGGCCCAAUUCCUCAACAAGCCAAGAAGAUGAUGAGCCUGGAAGAGGUCGAGGCGCAGCUGCGUCAUCCUUCCAUGCCCGCUCAACUGCCCGUAUCGCUGCCGCAAUCGAUGCCUGAGCCAUCUCAUCCUCUGCAGCAGCUUCAGCAUAUGCCUGGCGUCCCCGAAGGAUUUCCCCACCUGCCCCCGGAGUUCAUCCAAGCGCAAUUUGCCAAGGGUAUCCCGCCAGCGCAACUCAUGCAUCACCCCGCCAUGGUUCCGGAACCGUUCCCUCUUCCAGGACACGCGCCGAACAUUCCCUUACAUCUUCUACAAAAUGCGAACAUUCCCCCUCAGCACAUGGGGGCCCCUCCGCCUCCCCAGCGCCAAGCGAUCCCUCCGCGGGGACAGCGACCUCAACAGCAGCAAAUGCCUUCCCAGGCUGCUCGUGGAGCUGCUAACAACUCCCUGCCUCUGAUUACCAACCCCCAACAAUUGAUGCAUCUGACGGAAGAGCAACGGAUAGCUUAUUUGAUGGAAGAUGCCAAACGCGCCAAACGCAAUCAUAAGAUCUUCCUUCUAUCUCGGGGCAACGGCUUGAUGACGCCACAAGACAAGAACUUUAUCACCCGGAUUCAGCUGCAGCAGUUGGUGGCCGCGGCUGGAAACGUUGCCGACUCGGAUUCGGAAGCUAUCUUGGCAGAGGAUUUCUACUACCAAGUCUACAGCCAGAUCCGUGGUGCUCCCCGACAGCAUCCUCACCAGCCUCUCGGCCAUUUUGCGCAAACCUACCUUCUCCAGACAGGAAACCGUCUAGGUGGCCAUGGAUCCAGGAGACAAGCCCAGAGCGCGGACAACCACAUGCAAAGGAUGCAGCAGCAGGUGCAGCGUGCAGUCGAGGCUGCCAAGGCCAAGCCGAAAAAUAAGCAGCUAAUUAUUGAGGGAAGUUUGGGCAAGAUUUCCUUCAGUAAUGCCAAGACGCCGAAACCCAUGCUCAACCUCAAGCGCCCGGAGAGUUCCGAUGGAGCAAAGGUGACCAAGAAGCCUCACACCGAUCUGAGUGUCAGUGACCGAAAGUCUAUUCUCACCAACAUUGAGGGCGUCUACAGCACACUGAUGGAGUUGGAGGACAUGGAGCGCACAAUGCCGCCCCCGCCGGAUGAGAAUGACCCUGAAGCUAUCCAAGAGCACCUAGAAUGGCGGCAGAAGGUCCGCUCGCUGAACCAAAAGCUGUGGCAACAGCUCAAGGUCAUGGAGCCUAUUGUCCCCAACACCAAUACCCCUCAUCCCUUCAUCGCUUUCCUUUCGUACCCCAAGGGCAAGAAGGCCAUCCCGCGUAUCUUCCGACAUAUCGAUCAGGAGCAGAGAGUUACGAUCCUCACCAUGAUUGUUGUCCAUCUAGAUACCUUGGAUGUUGUUCAGCGCGCACAGCCUGUGCCCGGCGAGACGCAGCCUUCCUUGGCCGUUCGGGAGGCUAUUGACCUCUUCUCCCAGGCCGUUAUGCCUAGCCUGCUCGGCUACGUCAAUGAGGCCCCCUUCAACAUCAUCAUUGGACUCUUGGGACUUGUCAUCGCGCAGACGCAUGUGCACCUGGUUGCUAGAACCCGUAUUGGACUGGGCAUUCUCACGAUGCUACUCAGCCGAGCAGAGAUUGUCAAGGAAGCCGGACAGGCUUCGGAACGGGACUGGCAGCAGUGGGUGGAGAAGUUUAAUGUGCUAUUCGACACUUUGGAGCCGACUUUUGGCGAUAUCUUCCCCGGAUCGAUCAAUACCGGCGAUGACAUGUAUGUUUGGCAGUUCUUGGCUGCUGUUGGUAUUGGAGCUAGUCCAGACCAGCAGCAGCGCUUGGUCAUUGCUGUGAAGGACCGUGUGAUGGAGACUGUGACAUACAGCAAGACACUCCCCGUGGAUAUGGGUGCUCAGCGACUUGGAAACGUCAACCUGUUCAUGCGUGCUAUCGGCCUUGACGUUGAACUGCUUGGUUAG